AUGCUCACGACGCUGCCCCUCGCGGUCACAGCCUUCGCCUCGUCCUGCCUCUCCACGUGCCCAUCGGCCCACACGAACCUCGGCCAGUGCCUCGACGGCUGCGCCUCCGCCACCAAUUCGCUCGGCUGCGAGGUCGCCUGCCUCUACGCCGUCCGCUCGCCCGACCCGACCUCGAAGGCGCUCUGGAAAUGCUACCAGUAUGAGUGCACGACACCAGCUCCGCGCAGGCUCUUCGACAAGUCGGCCCUGAGCGAGAGCGCUCUCACCCACACCAUCUCCGACGAGUUCUGGCUCCUGCCCGAGGUGUCGAACGUCCCGUUCGAGGGCACCGAGCGUGUGAUGGCCCAGCUCAAGCGCUGGCGCGCGGGCGCGUCGUUCGGCGUGAUGGAGAACAAGCUGCUGUCCCACUCCCUCCUCGAGGCCCUCAACGUGCCUCAGCCCGCCGUCCUGUACGGCGCGUUCGCCACCAAGUCGCUGGGCGCGUGGCCUCGCUUCAACCGCUCAGCCUUCCUCGCCGCCAUGCACGGCAAGACCAAGUUUGUCCUCAAGAGCGCCACCAACGGAGGCAACGUGGACGUGCUCGUGAUGGACGAGCACCGCUGGGCCUCUGAGGGCUGGAACCGGAACCGGCUCGCCGACUACGCCGACAAAUUUGUCAAGAACCGGUGGCACUCCGAGUGGGGGCAGAGAUACGAGCACCGCGCUGUGAUCGUGCAGGAGUCGCUGGUACCCGAUGUUCGCGGCGGCUUCGACUGCGAGCCCGGCGAGCUCCGCCUCGAGGUCAAGGUCCACGCCCCGCUUGGCCGCCUCGCCUCGGCGCGCCUGCAGGCGCUGCCCUUCAAGGGGGACACGUACCUGGACGUACAGUUCCGCGGCGGUGAGGUCGCCUGCCUCGGUGGCCGCAACCUGGGCGACACGGCCCAGCACUGCGCCCGCGCCGUGACCCUCCUCGAGACCCACCGCAAGCGCCUCGAGGAGGUGGCACGCUCGACGACCCGCGUUCUCGGCGCCGACUGGCUGCGGCUCGACGUCUUCCUGAGCGAGGCGGGCACCUUCUCCGUCAACGAGCUCUCCUACCCGUCCCACAUCGGAGGCUUCAUCGGCGGGGGCGACGAGGCCUCGCUCGGCGCCCUUCGCGACGCGUACGCCUCCAACCAGCUCACCAAGGCGCCCGCCGCCGCCUUCGUGGCUGAGCUGCUGGCGGCCACCGGCGUCGACCCGUACGCCUUCCUGCUCGAGGCGGAUUUUGCGACGAUGCGACACGCGGACGAGGCCACCUACGCGAGCCGCUUGUGGCAGUGGGACCCGGCAGAGGAGGACGCGCGGGCCGCCGCAGCCGCGCCGCACAUUCGCCUCUCCAUCGCCUGCGCCGCCAUCGUCGCCGUCGGCCUCUGCCUCCUCUGCCUCGUCGCCCUCUGGCUCCAGAGCGCGGCGCCCGACGGCGGCCGCGACAGCGGCCGGUCGGCGCACCUGGACAAUGCCAAGUUUCUCUGCUCGUCGCUCAUCAUCUUUGGGCACUAUCUCUACUACAACCUCGACCACUCGACCCACCUGGUCCUGCACGACUACCAGAGCUGGCUCCAGGGCGCGGCUCCGACGCUGCUCUUCCUCCUGCAGGUCACCAACUGGCGCAUCAAUCUCGCCUGCUUCGUCUCGGGCAACCUCAUGGCCAAGCCGGUCGACGCCGGCCGCUUCGCCUCCUUUGUCCGCUCGCUCGUGCUCCCGACCCUCAUCUGGGUCUUUGCUGCGAAGCCUCUGCUCAACCGUGUCAUCCUCGGUGGCGAGGCGCCGUGCACCGUCCUCGCCGACGUCAUGACCUUCAAGGCGCACCACCACGAGUGGUACCUCGAGGCGCUCAUCCUCUGGCGCCUGCUCUCUUUCGCCAUCUGGCCGCUGCGCGGCCCCUUCCUUGUGCUUCUCGCCAUCGGCGCUUCGCACAUCGCGGGCUACUGGGACGUGGGCGAGGGCGGCUUCUUCUCGUUUGACCACGCGCUCGGCUUCCUGCCCUACUUCCUCGCCGGGUGGGCGUGCCCCCUGGACCGCCUGGCCACCGCCGUGCCGCGCACGCCCACUACCUUCACGAUCGGUCUCGGUCUGAUGGUGGCGCUGCCGAUGGCGCUGACGCUCCUCGAGCCGCUCCCCGACAACCACGGCACCUACGGCUGGUUCUAUGCGCAGUCCGAGUUCGAGGCGACCGCCAAGCUGGCGGCUGAGGGCGUGCCGCUGCCGUACCGGCUCUACUGGACUCGCCGCGCCGCAAAGCACGUGAUUGAGAUCGCGCAGCUCUGUGUGGUCCUGCUCACGCUCGUGCCUCGCUCGACCCGCUGGUUCACCGGCUUCGGAAAGCACACCCUCUACGCCUUUCUGCUGCACGAGUUUGUGCUCGCUGGCCGCGAGAGGCUGCUGACCGUGGCACCGCCCCUGCCGGUGCUGACGCGGCUCCCGUCGCACCUGCUAGUGCUGGCCUCGCAGUAUGCUCUCUGCCUCGCCCUCUGCGCCCUGCUCUGCAGCUCGCCCGUCCGCCGCCUCUUCGGCCUGGUCCUCGAGCCCACGUGGCUCUCGUCACUCCUCUGCACCGCACCGGCGGCCCGCACACAGCCAGAGUUCGUCAAGCGCCCCAGCCUUCAUCGGCUGCUGCCGACGGCGAACCGCUCGCUGACGCCCGACGUCGGGCACCUGAGCCUCGCCCCAAACUCGUUCGCGACCAAGGGCGCUGAGACGAGCGACGUGGAGGCUCCGCCGCUCAAGUACGAGGGCGCGGGGUCGCUCGACGGCUGGCUCGAGUGGAUCACCGAAGUCGAGUAUGCCAAGGGCCGCCUGUCGCUACCGUGGCAGGCUUCGGGGCACGCUCUGAUGCGCUACCUCGCCCUGGUGCCGUGCUUCAGCCUCCUCUGCAUGGGCACCGCCGCCUUCUUCUUCCUGCCCAUCGCCACGCAAGUCCUCGCCGACGGCGGCGCCGGGCACAUCGACGCGGCGCUGACGGCACCGUGCGUGGUGACCAGCAUCGCCGUGUCGGUCCUCGCCAAGAUGUGCUACGAGGUGGGGCUCGAUGUUCUGACGUUCAAGUGCCUGUUUCGCGGGCUGAGGCGGCCGGCUCUGCCAGAGGACCGCGAGCGCCUGGUCCACGCCGUAAUCAUCUGCGCGUACAAGGAGCCGUUCGAGGUGCUCGCCGCCACCAUCGGCUCGCUCGCGGCGAACAACCUCGCCAAGAGCUGCGUCGUGAUCCUCGCCACCGAGGCGCGCGACGAGAGCGCCGACUCGACCUUCGCACGGCUGCACGCCGAGUUCGGUGGCGCCUUCCUCGAGCUCUUCCAGACGCGGCACAGCCUCGGGCCCGGCGAGGUGGCCGGCAAGUCGUCCAACGAGCGGCACGCGUGCAUGGAGCUCUACUCGUGGGCGCAGGCGAGGUCUAUCGACCCGUACACUGUGAUGGUCACGACGGCGGACGCCGACUCGCAGUUCGACUCGGUCUUCCUCGAGCACCUCGAGGCUGAGUUUUGCCGCCAGCCCGACGGGAGGCACACCCUCUUCGACUCGCCGAUCAACACGUACCGCAACCUCGCCGCAUGCCACCCGCUCGUCGCCGUUUUUGAGAUCGAGCGCACGCAGUACUGCACCUUCUCCGCGCUCCAGUUCCAGCCCGCGCAGUCCAACUACUCGCUCACGCUCGGCAUGGCCCACCUGAUCGACUACUGGCACCCCGACAACACCAGCGAGGACCUGCACACCACGCUCAAGGCGGUCGCCUUCACCAACGCCGCCGCCAACGUGGUGGUGCCAGUUUGGUCGAUCAUCCUGAACGACAGCGUGACCGGGCUGCGCGACCGCUGGGUGCAGGCGAAGCGGCACAUGUGGGGCAUUGAGGAGACGGCGUGGGUCGCCUCGCUCUUCCCGCUGCUUCGCUGGAAGAUCUGGCUGCGCAUGUUGCAGCUGACGGCCGGCCAGAUGCUCACCACGACGGUGGUGCCUCCAUGGCUGAUCCUACUCUUUCCUCAGAUGUGGGCGAUGCUCGCUGCGCUGCCGCCGCGUGCCCUCGCCCUCACGGUGGGGCUGCCACUGCUGACGCUGGGCUUCCAGUGGGUCCGCACGCUCGUGCGCGAGGCUGUGCUGCACCAGUGCAUCCUCAAGCCGCGGCGCGAGGCGUCCAAGAUGCUCCCGAUCUCGCCGCUGCAGUGGCUGCACUGGGGCCUCGCAUACCCGGUCUACGCAUUUGGGGCGGGCCUCGUGUUCAACACGAUGGCGACGUGGGCGAUGCUGCUCCACGCAAUCAACCACACCACCUACGGCUACGUCUGCGCCCCCAAGGCGCUGAUGGUGCGGGGAGCCGACGCGGUCUGA